AAGGGGCUCAGGCUUACCUCUUACCUCCAAACCCUAACCUCUCUACAGGUAAGGGCUUGUUUUUAAGAAACCUGACUCACUGCAUAGAUGACACCACAGCGACCUCUACUGGCACAAGCAACUCAUCAAGCUGUGUUUGAGCUGCAGGAUUUUAUAGAGCUCCGAAUUGCAAAAAAAGGUUACUUAAUAAUCACGUUUCAAACAUAUUCUGAAACAUAAACUGGAAAACAUAUAUGAUGCAAUAAAGAAAACAGACAAAUAUAUUAAAAAGAUUCUCUUUCCUCAAAGUAAGUUUGACAAUAAAAAGAAGAUAUCCAUGCGCUCUGCAAUCACAUCUUUCCAUUUAUUCCCUCUUCUCCUGACUUGACAGCUUUUUUUUCCAGAAGUCUGCAAAGGUCUCAGCAAAUUCCACUUUCCUCAUGUUUAGUUGUUAUUUUUAAAACUGCACUUUAGUCACUGUUGGGGACUGAGGGAGAGAGGACAAAGUUCACAGGGCGCUCGUAAGGAGGAGGGGGUGAAAAGGAGGAAGGUAAAAAAAAAAAAAAAAAAAAAAGGAAAAUUGACCUUUGAAAGGAAAACAGCAGGUGGAGAGCAAAAACCAGGCAGCCGAGGACGCAUCGGGAGGAAAAUUUAGCAGAGAAAAAUGAAAGCAUUCUUGUUUUCCGUUUGAAGAGGGGCUGCAGACGUACAUAAAUGAGGCCCAACGCCGGCCGUCCGGCUGCUAUUUGACUGUGGCAAAGAGAGCUCUGCGAGCAGUGCUUGUUUACGAGGCGGCAGGCGCAACACCAAUGGAGGGAGAGGACAGGGCGAGGGCGGCCACGGCGAGGCCGGGCCAUUUGACCGCCCUUCAGGAGCAGCUCGUCUGGGCCCUGCUGGAAUCUGGACUGUCCCGGGACGUGCUGGUCCAAGCCGUGGGGGAGCUGGAGCACAGCAGGGCCGGCGCCGGCGCCGAGAGGGCAGAGAAGGGGGAUGGAGAGAGCUCCGAGGAGGGAGAAAUGGAUUUCCCUCCGCCUAUAUUCCGAGAGCUGGAGAAGCUUCCUCCGGACGAGGCGUCCAAGCUGAGGGCCGAGGUGGACCGGCUACUGCAGGAGGACCCCUGGCAGGUUGCAAAAAUGGUGAAGAGCUACAUGCAGCAGCACAACCUACCUCAGAGAGAGGUGGUAGAGUCCACGGGCCUCAAUCAGUCCCACCUCUCCCAGCACCUCAACAAAGGCACGCCCAUGAAAAACCAAAAGAGAGCCGCUCUGUACAGCUGGUACGUCAAGAAGCAGUGUGAGAUCAGCCAGCAAUUUACCAAUGCCAAGCAUGGCCUUGCACCGGCGGAGGAACAAGGAGAAGAAACCAAAAAGGGACGCAGGAACCGGUUCAAGUGGGGUCCGGCGUCCCUGCAGAUCCUCUUCAAUGCCUAUGAACGUCAGAAGAACCCCAGCAAGGAGGAAAGAGAGGGGCUGGUGGAGGAGUGCAACAGAGCGGAGUGUCUCCAGAGAGGGGUAUCCCCAUCCCAGCUCGCUGGUCUGGGUUCCAACCUAGUUACUGAAGUCAGAGUAUACAACUGGUUUGCCAAUCGCCGUAAAGAGGAGGCCUUUCGUCACAAGCUAGCCCUCGACACAUCGUUCAACAGCCAGUCAGCUUCAUCCUCUAACGCCACCAUUCCACCAAGUCCUGAGCACGGUGUGAAGUACAGCCAGCAGAUCCCCUGUGAAGCAGGCAGCACAGCCAGAAGCAGCCUAGGGGAGCGCGUGGGCCGUCUCGUGGUCAGUCCUGUGCAACUAGAACCCAGCCAUACACUCCUGGAGUCUCAUAACCCCAAGCUGGUGUCUGGCAGCGGACCACUGCCCCCAGUAAGCACUCUGACGUCCCUGCACAGUCUUUCAGCUUCCCCGGCUUCCUCACAGAGCCUCAUCAUGGCCUCGGUGCCCGGCGUCAUGAGUCUGGGCGAGUCCUCACUGCUAAUAGGGUUGGCCCCGACGCAGUCACAGACCGUCCCCGUCAUUAACAACAUGGGGGCUGGUUUCACCACUCUCCAGCCAAUUUCGUUCCAGCAGCAGCUUCACGCACCCCACCAACAGGCAAUACCACAGCAUCUUCAGGGUCACAUGGCCGCCAGUCCCUUCAUGGCAACCAUGGCACAGCUGCCAUGCCACAUGUACAACAAGUCGGAGUCGCCUCAGUACCAUCCGUCUGGUUUGCUGUCUCAAGCCAUGGUCAUCACUGACAGCAGCAGCCUGGGGACCCUGACCAGCCUCGCUGCAGUCCGACAGAUCCUCACAUCAGACCCUGACGAAGAGACGGAUUCCCCACUACAGGAUGAUUCCUUACACCUGCAGUCACACACGCCUGUGCCAGCUUCUACUGAGAGUCUGGAGCUGUAUCCUUCUUCCCAGACGACUGAACGUCAUCAGUCUCACCUCCUCUCACCUUCACCCUCGGACAUCGGCUCCUACAUGCCUACACAAAUGGUGUCCACGGCCCAGUAACGCCUCCCUGCCUGUCGGCUGGACUCAGGAGGUGUGGGGGGGCUGUGUGGGAUGGACAACCAUUACUGGCAGGAGAUCAUGGAGACCAGAACCAGUGAUAUCUGAGAGGAAAAAUGAACUCAGUACAGCUAUUAAGAGGACCAGGAACUGAUACGA